UCAAGCAAAGUUCUUGAAAACCCGUGGAGGCAAAUUAACAAUGGAGAGAACUCAACUGAUCAGCAUUUUGUGGAGAACUACAAACCUGAGGUUGAAGAACAAAAUCUUAGGAUCCUUCUUCAUGGUCCAGUUGGAGCUGGAAAAUCUAGUUUCAUCAAUUCUGUAAACAGCGUCUUACAAAAGAGAGUAUGUUGCGAGGCUUUGGUGGCUAACUCUUGUGACUGUUCCACCAAAAAGUAUACAACCUACAGGAUCAAAAAGGGAAAUGCCUUUUACCCUUUUGUCCUAAAUGACAUGAUGGGGUUGAAAUUCACAACCAGCAGAAGAAACAGAAGAAUUCAUGUGAAAGAUGUCAAACAGGCGCUGAAGGGCCACAUAAAAGAUGGUUACGUGUUCAACCCUGAAAAUAAACUGUCAAAAGGCGAUAGAUACUACAACAGAACUCCAACUGAGAAUGACAAAGUGCACGUUUUGGUUUGUGUUGUUGAUGCCAACACUACAUCUCUGAUGAGUAAUGCCACUGUGGAAGCAAUACAGGACAUCAGAGAUGAAGCCAAUGAGCUGGAGAUUCCACAAGUGGCAAUUUUCACCAAAAUUGACGAGGCUUUUCCUGAGAUAAAACAUGAUGUGAAAAAUGUCUACAGAAGCGAAUGUCUGCAGAAAAGGAUUGAGGAGUUCAGCAAAUGUGUGGGCAUCCCUAUUAACUUUAUUUUUCCAGUGAAGAACUACCACUCAGAAACAGAACUGAAUCCUGACAUGGAUGCUAUAAUAAUGAACGCCAUGAGACACAUCAUUGACAUUGGAAAUGACUCCCUCAACAGAAAGUUAAGAUCCCAGACCUAGACAUCCACUGUACUGAAAGUGUGGUUUUCGUUAAAACCAUCACAAUAAUUGUAUGUGUUACAUUGUGUGUGAGUGGGAAGCAUGGUUCCAUCAAAAUUCUGAAAUCAAGAAAUUUAAGGUCUAUAUUUCCCUGAAAAAAGAUGUGUUUUAAGACUAGUAGAAAAAUAUGAAUCCUCUAAAUUUGUUUUGUAAAUGUUUAUUAUUAAAGUUUAGUUUCCUGUAUUACCAGAUGCUCUGUCAAAGGCCAAAGGGAGACUGAGCCUUUAAAUACACACAUGAGGCAAUUAGGCAGAUAUGAAACCCCUGGGUGAACAAAAAUUCAUCUGACUAUAAUAAAGGAAACAAAACAGAAGGA